AUGUACGACCGUAUUGUGCAUUCCGAAUUUGGCAAAAUGUCGGGGAACUCGGUCACUCUCGCGUUGGAACGGAUAGCGAGCAAGGAUAAGGAUUUCCGGUACAUGGGAACAUCGGAUCUGCUGAACGAGCUGAACCGAGACACGUUCCGCAUCGACCCGGACAGCGAGAAGCGCCUGUGCCACGUCGUGCUGCAGCAGCUCGACGACGCCUCGGGCGACAUCUCGGGCCUCGCCGUCAAGUGCCUGGUGCCGCUAGUGAAGAAGGUGAGCGAGGCGCGCGUGGCGGAGAUGAGCGCGGCGCUGGUGGGCAAGCUGCUGACGGGCAAGGACCAGCAGCGCGACAUCGCCGCCAUCGCGCUCAAGACCGUUGUGGCCGAGGUCGCCUCGCCGCCCGCCAUCCACCACCUGCUCGCGUCCCUGCCGGCCAGGCUCACUGCUGCCAUUGACUCCCCGGACACGAGCGUGGAUGUGAAGGGCGAGUGCCUGGACGUGCUGGGGGACGUUCUGCAGCGGUUUGGAGUGGUGAUGGCCGGUGACCACGAGAGGCUGCUCGUGCCCCUGCUGCAGCAGCUCUCCUCCCCCCGCGCCUCCCUCCGCAAGCGAGCCACUCAGUGCCUGGCGAGUCUGGCGGCCAGUCUAUCGGACGAGCUGUUGGCGCGGGCGACCAACAGUGUGGUGGCGCUGCUGCAGCGCGGCGACCUCAAGCCCGACAUGACGCGCUCCUACAUCCAGAUGGUCGGCGCGCUCUGCCGAGCAGUGGGGUACCGAUUCGGCCCGCAUCUGGCAGUGGUGCUGCCGCUCGUGGUGGGCUUCUGUGAGAGUGCCUCUGAGAACGACGAUGAGAUCCGCGAGUACUCCUUGCAGGCGUUGGAGAGCUUUGUGGUGCGGUGCCCCAAGGACGUGGCAGAGCACUGCGAGGCCAUCUUGGAUUUGGCCCUCAAGUACCUGAGCUACGACCCCAACUUCACUGACGACGCCAUGGAUGGCGAGGGGGAGGGCGAGGGCGAGGAGGAUGAGGAUGAGGACGAGGACGAGGAGGAGGACUACAGUGAUGACGAGGACGUGAGCUGGAAGGUGCGGCGAGCAGCGGCGCGGUGCAUUGCUGCCAUCACCACCUCUCGCCCUGAGAUGCUCUCCACACUCUACGCCAAGGCGAGCCCGAAGCUGAUCGAGAGGUUCAGAGAGCGUGAGGAGAAUGUGAAGGUGGACGUGUUCAACGCUUUUAUCGACCUGCUCAGGCAGACAGGCCAUGUUACCAAGGGCCACGGCACUCCUGCUGAUGCGCCCCCGGGCAGUCCGCUGGCAGUGUUGAGGGAGGAGGUGCCUCGCAUCGUGAGGUCGCUCAACCGGCAACUCAAGGAGAAGUCGCUCAAAACACGGGUGGGUGUGUUCAGUGUGCUCAAGGAGUUGGUGCACGUGUUGCCCAACUGCCUCACCGACCUCAUUGGCCUGCUCAUCCCCGGCAUUCAAAAGGCGCUCUCCGACAAGGCGUCCAACUCCAACCUCAAGAUAGAGGCGCUUCUCUUCACGCGCCUUGCUAUGGCCUCCCACCCACCGCAUGUCUUCCAACCCCACAUCAAGGAGCUGGCGGCACCAGUGGUGGCAGCGGCAGGGGAGCGGUACUACAAGGUGACAGCAGAGGCGCUCCGAGUGGUGGGCGAGAUGGUCAAGGCCAUUCGCCCGCCCGCUCCCCAGGAUAGCAGCUUUGACUUCACACCGUACGUGCCGCUCUUCUACGAUGCCGUCAUGAAGCGCCUCACUGCUCAGGACCAGGACCUCGAGGUGAAGGAGUGCGCCAUUGGCUGCAUGGGUCUGCUUGUGUCCACCCUGGGCGACCACCUCCAAUCACAGCUCGCCACGUGUCUGCCCCUCCUGCUCGACCGCCUGCGCAACGAGAUCACCCGCCUCACCGCCGUGAAGGCGUUUGGCACGAUAGCGGAGUCCCCGCUGCACAUCAACCUCUCCUCCGUGCUCGACCCCACCUUGGCUGAGCUCACCUCCUUCCUGCGCAAGGCCAACAGGUCACUGCGCCAGGCAUCACUCUGCACGCUGAACGCCAUGCUCUCAGCCUACGCGCCCGACAUCACAGAUGCCGCCAGGGAUGCCCUCCUCACUGAGCUCGCGCCGCUCAUCAGUGACUCGGACCUGGCACUGGCAGCGCUGGCGCUGCAGCUGUGCUGCUCCGUGACCAGGCAGGCCGCACCCGGCUCCGCUGCUGCAGCAGCUCUGUCCUCAAAGGUUCUGCCCCAGGCGCUCGCUCUUGUGCGCUCGCCGCUGCUUCAGGGACAGGCUCUGCAGGCCCUACAAGACUUCUUCGCAGUGCAGGUGCAGGCAUCAGCCACGUCCUUUGACGCGCUCCUCACUGCGCUGCUCUCAGCAGGCCGCCCCUUCUCCUCCUCCAUGUCCCCCGCUGCCGCUGCCGCCGCUGCCUCCUCCUCUGCUGCUGCACGCCCCGCGUUCUCUUCAGUGGCUCAGUGUGCUGCCGUGCUGUGCGUGGCUGCUGGUGCUGACCAGUGUGCGGCGACUGUGAGGGCGCUCAUGAGCAAUCUCGAGGCUACAGCUCACCCUGCUGACACGCACAAGCAGCUGCUCUCGCUGCUGUGUCUGGGGGAAAUCGGCCGGCGGGUGGACCUCAGUGCACACACCACGCUCCCCACCCUCGUCAUGUCCGCACUGGCAUCACCUCUAGAGGAGGUGAAGGCAGCAGCGUCGUUUGCGCUGGGCAGCAUAGCGGUGGGCAACCACAGCCGGUACCUGCCGUUCGUGCUGCAGCAGAUCGACUCCCAGCCCAAGCUGCAGUAUCUGCUGCUGCACUCGCUGAAAGAGAUCAUCUCUGGGCGAGCGGCCAGUGGCGGCAGUGCGGCAGUGGAGCUGGAGGGGGAGAACGUGGGCAAGGUGCUGGCGCUGCUGUUCACACAUAGUGAGAGCGAGGAAGAGGGAGUGCGCAACGUCGUGGCGGAGUGCCUGGGCCGCCUCUCUCUCAUCGACCCGCCACGCCUCGUGCCCGCUUUAAAGGAGCGCGUGAGCAGCCCGUCAGCCUUCACGAGGGCCACGGUGGUGGCGGCACUCAAGUUCACUCUCACUGACUCCGCACAGCCCAUCGACGAGCACCUCAAACCCCACCUCGCCUCCUUCCUCUUCCUCCUCCGGGACUCCGACCGGCAUGUGCGGCGGGCAGCGGUGCUGGCGCUGACGACAGCAGCGCACAACAAGCCAGGGCUGGUGGAGGACCUUCUGCCUGAGCUGCUGCCACUGCUGUACGACCAGAUGCGAGUCAAGCCUGAGAUGAUCCGGACCGUUGAUCUGGGCCCAUUCAAGCACACAGUGGAUGAUGGAUUGGAGCUGCGCAAGGCAGCCUUUGACUGCAUGGACACGCUUCUCUCCACCUGUCUGCACCGCAUCCAACCUGCUGCCUUCAUCACUCCCUUCCUCAUAUCUGGUCUCUCAGACAACUACGAUGUGAAGAUGCCAUGCCACCUGGUGCUGGCGAAGCUAGCAGAGAAGUGUGCCCCAUCAGUGCUGGCAGUGGUGGAUGCGCUAGUGGAGCCACUGGAGAAGACAGUGACAACACGAGUCAAGGCAGACGCAGUGAAGCAGGAGGUGGAUCGCAAUGAGGACAUGAUUUGCAGCGCCCUGCGUGCCGUGCAUGCACUGUCCCGGAUCAGCAAUGUGGAGUCAUCGACUCGCUUCAAGACAUUCAUGACCAAUGUGGUUAGAGCGGGGCCUGUGGGGAACUUGUACAAUCAAAUCAAAUCGGAGCAGGAUGCAGUGGUUGGCAGCAGUCGUGCAGAGCUAUGA